UUAGCUUCAUCUUUUCGAAUUACGGGUAUUAUAAAUAUGGCGAUUAGUGACAGUUUAUACCGAUUUUUGCUAAGUUCGGGAAUUAUGGUCGGUGGUACUGGCUUGGCUUGGAUGUUAAUGAAAGUUAUUGUACCAACCAAAGAAGAUAUGCUCAAGAAACUUCCAGAUGAGGCAACAUCUCCUGAGGCUUUAGCAACGCAAGACAGAAUAAAUGAGCAGUUUUUUAUGGUUCUUAAAGAAAACAUGAAUUCCAGCAAUCCAGCUUGGAAAGUUAUGGGGCUAAAGGAAGUACAGGAAAGACAACAAAAAAGGAAAGAUCAGCAGCAGAAGAAAGAAGCAAAAUUAAAAGAAAAACAAUCUAAUGAGUUCACAACUGAAUAGAGUAGAGUUUCCAAGUUUACCACUGCUAUAAUAAAGAAAGUGGAAACUUUCUGGUCAUUUAAAACAAGUUGACUUCUUCUAAAGGUUUAGGCCAUACCAUCUAUUCUCUUACUUGCUGGAAUAUUCAGCAAGAAUACUGGUUGCCAUUUAGAAAAAGAACAUUUUUUUUCAGGCACAUUAGGCAUAAUGUGCACUAAUCUAAAGAACUUUUCCAUGGAGCAAGAGGCUUGUAGAAGAGUGUUUCUAAAUUUUUUUUGACAGAAAUAAGAUAGGUACUGAGUUACUCUCUACUUUUCCUAUCAGAAAUGGUUAAAAAACAUGUCAAUGCACAUUAAAAAUUCUUUCUGAGAAGUAUUUGUGGGGAGGUUCUUAAGAUAAAAGUAUAGAAAAUAUGUAAAUAAGUCUUUUCUUUUGCGCUUA